AUGCUUCUCCUCCCAGCUGCUGCCCUGUGCUGUCUGUGUUCAGCGCUGGUUUCCACGGCGACAGAGCUGAUUCAGGAUGAUUUAACACUGACCAGGAGAGUCGGUGAAAAAGUUUCAUUCAGAUGUGGAGGAACUGACCAGUGUGGUAGCUAUGUAUACUGGUACCAGAAGAAAGAGUCAGAAACAUUCAGACUGAUUCUUGAUAUUAACAGAAAUUCUGGAGCUUUAGAUAAACGCUACAAUCAUCCUCAGAAAGAUGAUUUCUCAUCUGUGAAUAAAGGGAACGGCUGGGAGUUGCAGAUCCAGAGAGUUAAACUCUCUCAUUCAGCCUCAUAUUUCUGCUCCUGUUGGUAUUCUGACUAUCUCAUCUUUGGCUCUGGGACUAAACUGAUUGUAACAGAUGAGGUGGUGAGGCCCAAGGUGAGAGUGUACCCAGCAGUCACCAGAGUCCAGCAGCAGGAGGAGAACUCUCUCCUGUGUGUGGCCUCAGCCAUGUCUCCUCCUCUGGUCCAGAUCCCCUGGAAAAGACGAACAAAGAACGGUGGUCUGGAGGAGCUGCCCUCUGCUGUGGGAAAACUACUGAACCUGAAUGAGUCCGGAUGUAAAGCCUCCACCCUGAGGAUCCCUCAGAGAAAGGAGAGCGUGUUUAAAUAUGUCUUCUCAGUGAAGCAUGAGGGGGGGACAGUGGAGGCUGAGAUAGGACCAGCACCUACAACCUCCAGACCUCCAGAGAGAGAGACCACAGACCUGCCAGCUUUGCAGACGACUGAGAUGUAUUUUCAGGUUGAGUGCAGGGUGAGGCUGCUGACUCUGCUGUACUCUGUGCUGAUAGUGAAGAGUCUGGUGUACUGCUGUGGACUCUGUCUGCUGAGGAUCCUCACCAACAACACACCGUGCAUCCGCCGCACAACAGCUGACUGA